AUAUAUUUUCCCUAUAAAUCAUAAUCUGACGAAAUGUAAUAAAUCAGCGGUUCAUUGUCGUGGACAGAAUGAGGAGAUAUUUUGCUUAGCUGGUUCGAUGAAUGUCAAAUGGAGUCAUUUCUAAAGACAAAAACGUAGACUGUCCACCCAUCCCUACUGUCAGGACUCCCAUCGCCUAAAGCCUACAGUAAACACAGUUCAGUAUGUAUCAGAUUGUACCAGUUGCCCCCAGGGAGCAGCAUCUGUCUGAGUGGGGUGAGAACUCGCCGCACAAGAAGCGAGCGAAUGAGGAAGCGCGCCCCCUCAUUGUUGCAAGCGUGCUGGGCUGUGUGCUGGUUCUGGCUGCUGUGGUGGCCUGGUGCUACUACUCGGCAUCUCUUCGCAAAGCCCAGCUCAUGAAGACCGAACUGCUGGACCUCAACAAGGACGGUUUUGUCAUCCGGAAUCAGGCAGGGGCUAUAAUUUUCGCCAUGACCUUCAGGUCCUCUACACUGGAUUUAGACUCCUGCAUCCAUGAGCAAAGUAUUCUAAGCUGCACUCAGUCACAUGCGGGCAAGAUUAACUUUUUUAUCCACGCAACUCGGCCAAAGGACACAGUUAUGUGUUACCGUGUCCGCUGGGAGCCUCUGGAAGACGAGCAUACAGUGGAGCACGCCAUGGUUUGCAAUAGCUCUCACUGGUACGGAGGUGCAGAGUCCGCUACCCAGCACUGGCCUAUCAGCAUCCGGGGCGAGAAGCAGCCGCAACCUUACAUCACCAGUGACAUCUCCAUCAAUCGUAAUGCUUUUGGAGGGAUUCUGGAACGCUACUGGCUGUCGUCCAAAGCGGUCGCAAUCAAGAUAAAUGACUCGGUGCCGUUUCAUUUGGGCUGGUCAGAAAAGGAUAGGGCGCUUCACUUCCAGGCCCGCUACCAGGAUUCUCCUUUUAAACCACUAGUGGGCCAGCAGACCUUAGCAGAACUCAGCUACACAGUGUGUGCAGGAUCUGACGUCACCUCCAUUCAUAAAUACAUGGUGCGUCGCUAUUUCCCAAAGCCUGUCAAGGUUCCUUCUGCUGAUGUUUUCAAACACCCUGUGUGGUCCACUUGGGCUCUGUACAAUAAGUCUGUCACCCAGGAGAGGCUACUCCAGUACGCCUCCGACAUCACCAAACAUGGCUUCAACUGCUCCCACUUGGAGCUGGAUGACUGUUACACCUCUGACUAUGGCGAGUUUGACUUUGACUUGCAGAAAUUCCCCAACGCCAGCGGUAUGUUUGACCAGCUUCGACAGGACGGCUUUCGGGUGACGCUGUGGACGCACCCGUUUAUCAAUUACGACUCGGUCAACUUUGGAGUCGCCGUGGAGAACAAGCUGUUUGUCCGCGAGCCAGACGGCGAACUACCUGCCCUCGUUCGCUGGUGGAACGGAAUCGGCGGAAUAUUGGACUUCACCAACCCAGAAGCACGGAACUGGUAUUCCCUCCACCUGGCCAAGCUCAAAGCCCAAUAUGGAGUAACGUCCUUUAAGUUCGACGCCGGGGAGACAAGUUAUCUCCCCCGACAGUUCAGAACUUUAGUCCCACUGACAGACCCCUCCACUUUCACGCGACGCUACACAGAGAUGGCCAUACCGUUUAGCGAGCAUGCCGAGCUGAGGGUGGGGUACCAAAGUCAGAACAUCUCCUGUUUCUACAGGAUUAUUGACAGAAACUCUGUGUGGGGUUACGAGCUCGGCCUCAAGUCCAUCAUCCCCACAGUUCUGACCAUCAGUAUCCUGGGGUACCAGUUUGUCCUGCCUGAUAUGAUAGGUGGGAAUGCCUACCCGGAGAAGAUGGCAGGAGGUUUAAAUGACGAGGACAAGCUGCCAGACCGAGAGCUGUACAUCAGAUGGUUGGAGCUGUCUGCCUUCAUGCCUGCUAUGCAGUUUUCUAUACCACCCUGGGACUAUGACCAGGAAGUGGUGGAGAUCGCACUAAAGUUCACAAAACUCCAUGAGACUCUUGUGGCCCCGAGAGUCCUGGAGCUGGCCAGCGAGGUCCUCAAGACUGGAGAUCCCAUAAUACGGCCCCUGUGGUGGAUCGCCAAUGACGACGAGGUGGCUUACAAGAUCGACUCCCAGUUUCUGAUUGGAGACGACCUGAUGGUAGCUCCUGUGCUGGAGCCAGGCAAGCAGGAGAGGGACAUCUACUUGCCUGCGGGAAGGUGGAGAAGCUACAAGGGUGAACAUUUUGUUAAGGGCCCCACGUUCCUCACAGACUACCCUGUGGACCUUGACGAGGUAGCCUAUUUCAUAUGGGUUCAUUGAACUCAUCCAAGCAUUAAGCUGAGCCUCUCCAUGAUGUUUGCACUGAUGCUUUGUGAUAGAUCGCACACAUGCCAAAUAACAGCAGCAGUUUUAUUUCCAGGGAACGCGACCACUUGGCUUCUGCUGAGAGUUAGUGUUGGUGCACACCCUAUACCUAAACAAGGAUGACCUCUAUUUCUAUAGAUAUUGCAUACUUAUUAAGUUUUAACCUUUUCUUUUGGUAUCACACUCACAUGUCCUUAGUUGUACACUUCCUGUCAACAUCUGAUCUAAUUUGUGGAUUACUUUUUAAAAGUACAUGCUUGUGAUUGGCUGGCAAUCAGUCCAGGGUGUAGUCCGCCUUUUGCCGAAACUCAGCUGUGAUAGGCUCCAGCUACCCGAAACCAUGAACAGGAAAAGGGGUGGAAAAUGAAUAUAUGUGUUUAAAAGUACAGCAUCUAUAUAUUUGUUGAAUGUUUAUGUUAUUGCUUAGGUUUGAUUUAAAAGGUUGGUGAACAGGAACUGCUA